AUGCAGUCUCCCAUAAUUUUUCAGUCAGAAUCCCGUCGUAUCAACAACAUGGAACCUAUAAAAGUCGAAGCAGUGGAAUUUUACGCGAAACCAAACUCGCAAGAGAAUCACACCGAAGAAUUCGAACUUCUAAGCAGCGAAACUCCGUCUCCUAUUUUCAGAAGGGGGUGCAAUUUUUAUUUUGCCCUCAGAUUUUCAAGGGAUUUUAUUGAGAAUGAAGAUGUGGUCAAAAUUUGUUUUGGAUUUGGUCCUCAGCCCACAGUUGUUAAAGGCACUAAAGCAAUUCUGCCUUUACAAGCAAAUAAAACUGAACUACAUGGAGAUCCAUUUUUUUGGAGUUUGGCUGUUUCAAACCUUACAGGGAACAUGGCCCAACUCCAAAUUCAUAUACCACCCCACGUGCAAGUAGGAAUUUGGAAAUGUACAGUACAAAGCAGUAUUGCUGGAAUGCCGGACCCAAAACUGGAAUUCAAUUGUCCUGAUGAUAUAUACGUUCUCUUCAACCCGUGGUGUCCCCAUGAUGGCGUCUACAUGGCGAACGAGAAAGAAAGAAAGGAAUACAUUCUGAAUGAGAACGGUAAAAUCUGGUGUGGGACAUUCAAAAACCCAACCGGUAAACCGUGGAUUUUUGGACAGUUCGAUGAAAUCUGUCUACCAGCUGCCGUAUUUCUUCUGGAAAAAUCUGGUUUGGCACCUAGUGAUAGAGGGUCGCCUAUAUUGGUGUCCAGAGCUAUAUCUGCUGUGAUUAACUCUGUGGAUGAAGGUGGUCUUCUGGAAGGCAAAUGGGAUGGACAAUAUGAUGAUGGUACCUCUCCACACGCCUGGACUGGGUCUACCAAAAUUAUGGAAAACUUCUUGCUUUCUGGUGGUGUUCCAGUCAAAUAUGGUCAAUGCUGGGUCUUCUCGGCAGCCACUGUGACUGUUUGUAGAGCACUUGGCAUACCUUGUAGAUCUACAACUAAUUAUGUGUCUGCACACGAUACAAAUAGGUCUUUGACAGUGGAUAAGUAUUUUGAUUUGUUUGGUGAUAAGAUUGAAAAUGGACCUGAGGGCGACUGUAAUGAUUCUUGUUGGAAUUUCCAUGUUUGGAACGAUGUCUGGAUGACUAGACCUGAUCUACCUUUAGGGUAUGGUGGAUGGCAAAUUAUAGACGCAACCCCUCAGGAAAUGAGUGAUAGCCAAUACAGAUGCGGUCCAUCUUCUGUGGAAGCUGUAAGACGUGGUGAAGUAGGAUAUCUAUUUGACACCACUUUCGUAUUUUCUGAAGUAAAUGCUGAUGUUGUACACCUACAAGAAGAUCCAGAAUCUGAUUGGGGAUUUAAAAGAACUUCCAUCAACAGAUACCAUGUGGGCAAAAAAAUCAUUACCAAACAAGUUGGAGUCUAUGAUGAUAAAGGCGACUUAGAUCUAUGGAACGUGACGAAAUUCUACAAAAACAAAGAAGGGACAGAGGCAGAACGUUUGGCAGUCUACAACGCUGUACGAGGGGUACCAAGAGCUCAACAAUUCUACGAAUUACCCAGCAAAGAACAGGAGGAUGUAUAUUUCGAUUUGAUAGAUAUAGAUACAGUACCUCUAGGUGACCCCUUUGAGGUUAUAGUGCAAAUACACAACCAAUCAAAGGAGGAGCGGAACAUAUCAGUUGCCUUAUCAGCAAGCUCGAUCUUCUACACUGGGGCAGCUGCUAAUAGCUUAAAAAAAUCACAAGGAUCUCUUGCGGUACCAGCAGGUGAAAAAGAGGUGGUUAGAAUCAUGGUAAAGCCUGAAGAAUACAUGAACAAGUUGGUGGACCAUAGCUUGAUAAAGAUAUACGCCAUUGCGAAUGUGAAGGAAACCAAACAAACAUGGAGUGAGGAGGAUGACUUUACAAUGACAAAGCCUGAGAUGACCAUAGUGCUUUCUGGGCUUUGUCGAGUCGGGGAAGAAUUCUGUGUAGACUUUAGUUUUACCAACCCUCUUUCUAUUCCUUUAACUCAAUGCUCUUAUACAGUUGAGGGUCCGGGUAUGGAAAGGGCUGUCACCACUCUUUUCAGAGAUGUCGAGCCAAAGGAACCAGUGACAAUACAACAAGUUUUUCAGAUUAAAAAAUCUGGGGAGAGAGCCAUUAUAGCUACAUUUACAUCUAAGGAAAUUCAGGGAAUAACAGGGUCCACUAGAGUAAUGGUUGAGGAAUAAUUUUAUUUAUGUUAAUGUUAUGUUAU